CGUCCUGUACACCGGACGGUUCUGUACGCACUGGGGACAUUCGAUAGGGGGGCGAUAGCACGUCGCCCAAACAAAUCGCUCACUAAACACAUACUUUAAAGUUAACGGCACUUGGAACUGAGGACGUCACAUUUCAUCUCACAUUCACCAUCUCACCGAGUCGUCAUCAGACAGCCAAUGGGGAUAUUUGUUGACGCAGUGAGCGACCAACGAGGGCAGUCGUGAAGGAAGUUCCACUAUCGUUCGUCACCAGCAAAGGUAUAUAAACUGCCGAUGGAGUCUGAAAAGGGUUUGAAGCAAGUCAAUAACAGCGGAAACAUACUGAACACAGACUCCAAGAGCAGCGAGACAGACCGUUACGUUUGCUAUAGGCGUUCAUUUUUAUUUGAAAAACUUUUUGCCGUGUGUAAUACAAGUUCCCUAAAUUCAGCUAUUGAUUAUUUUAUAUAUGUAUAACUGUUGAGAGAGAGAGGGCGCAUCCUGUGUUGAUGUUAACAGAGCUGGCACAGAGGUGCUAGGCUAUACCUUGCAAAAAAAGGUAUAUUCAGAAAUUAAAGGAAUCUGCCGAACACAGUAGCAAUGCCUUACGAUCUAGGUGUGUUUGACAGCCGAGCCGAUUAUAAAUCAGAGAAACAGUGCCAAAGAACCUCCUUUGCCUUCUACCAAGCAGUGCGGGACCUGUUACCAGUAUGGGUGCUCGAGGACAUGCGGACAAUGGAAGUGUUUCAUUGGGAAGAAGGGCGGGCGUGCUCUUUUACUCCACCCGAGGCUUUUCUGUAUGCACUUGUUCACGACCAUCAACAAUACGCCAAAUUCCUCCUCAACAGAUACUCUGUCGGUGCACUGGAGAUGCCCAGUCAAAGCUUCUGCUGCUGCCAAGCAUCAGCAACACCGCAUCUCACAGUAGCUGUCCGCUAUAAUCGUAUUACUAUCCUGAAAAUGAUCAUGGACUCCCUAAAAGACUUCUCUCAUAGUGAGCGCCAGAGCUACUUGAACACCCGUGGAUGUUUUCAUAUGCAAGGAGGCAAAGACGCAUUACAUCUGGCGUCUGAACUGGUGCGCCCUGAGUGUUUGAUUAUGUUACUAGGACACGGUGCAUGUCCUUAUGUCACAGACCGAGAUGGGAACACCCCCUUGGACUGCCUCCUAAAUCAGAUACGCCAGGGCGAGCCUGACAUGCGUAGCAAGCACGUCUGCCUUGGUUACCUCAUUCUCUUCAUGCCAAAAUUCAUUUUUCAAAUGAAGGGACAGUUGCAGAAGAAUCCAGGGCUGUGGCAGAGUCUUAUUGGAGAGCAGGCGUUCCAGUGGCUCUUAGAACUAUCGCCUCCCUCUCUUUUUGUUCAGGCUAUGCAUAAGAUGACCCAGUCUAUACCUGUUAAACAGUUGGACUCUCUGCCAGACUUUCUGAAUCCACUGGACUUCAGGCUACACCAGUAUGCCAGACAAAGAUUCUCUCAGACAAAACUACCUGACUGACUACAGGACUCAAAGGUUUCUUUUUGGCUAUGGUGUGAACGAUUUAUUACAAUGCAGUAUGCAGCUUUGUAAAUAGCAACAACUCAAAGGUUUUCAUUUUGAUGUUUAAAAACAAUGCACUAUAGAAUACACAUCCUGACUUGUCAUACUUUAAAGUAGAGUGAAUUGAAUGUUGCAAUGUAAAUAAGAGUAUUAUUGUGUACACAAGAGAA